AUGACCCGAAUCAUUUUGCCGAGGGGGUUAAGAUCCCAGAAAGCCUCUUGGUCUGUCCUAUACAAACAUGGUACCUGUGGAAAUGUCGCCCCAUUCUCGACGACUGCUCGGCGGUGGAGCUAUGCCGACACGAUCAACAACCUCAAGAUCGGCAAGCAUACUCGCGUGCUCUAUCAGGGCUUUACCGGGCGCCAAGCCACGAUGAAUGCAAAAGAAUCCCUUGAGUUCGGCACGAACAUUGUUGGCGGCGUCAAGCCCGGAGUGGAGGGUGAGCAUCUGGGUCUACCUGUUCUGCCCACUGUCAGGGCGGCAGUGGAGAAGCUCAAGCCCGAUGCCAGCGCCAUCUACGUCCCUGGAAAUGGAACCGUUACGGCUAUGGAGGAAGCCAUUGAGAACGAGAUCCCUCUCAUUGUAGCAGUUGCCGAACAUAUACCCGUACACGACAUCUUGAGAAUACACCAAAUGCUACGGACACAGUCAAAGACGAGGUUGGUUGGCGCAAAUUGUCCGGGUAUCAUCAACGUUCACGGUCGGUGCCGCUUAGGCUUCCAACCUCUGCCGUUCUUUCGUGAAGGCAACGUUGGUAUUGUCGCCAAAUCGGGCACAUUGAGCUAUGAAGCUGUCGCCUCAACGACACGGGCGGGACUGGGCCAGACCUACGCAAUCAGCAUGGGCGGCGACGUGCUUGCAGGAACAACAUUCACGGAAGCUUUCCAGGUCCUAGUUGAGGAUGAGAACACCGAGGGCAUCAUCAUGAUCGGGGAGAUCGGAGGAAGCGCUGAGUUAAGGGCCGCAGAGUGGAUCAAAGAAUAUCAGCGGCGGACUGCAAACCCCAAGCCAUUCAUGUCGGUAAUUGGAGGCAUCGAGGCUCCGCCUGGCCGGAUCAUGGGUCAUGCAGGAGCAUGGGCUGCUCCCGGAGAAGCCACCGCGGCACAAAAAAUCAAGAUUCUGGAAGAGGUCGGAGUGAAAGUCGUCGACCAUCCGGAGAAAUUGGGAGAAGGCAUGAAGGCAUUACUUGCUGAGCGGUCGAAAUCGGGUGUAAACGGCAGAUUAGGGUCCUCAACGGCAUCGCAGAAAAGAGGCUACCAUACCAUGCGAAGGCGGCUUCGACCGAUGGACACGAAAGCCACCUUCCAGCAAUGGCGUAGCUUAUACAUCAAACCUUUGCAGGCUUUUGAUAUGUUGAAGCAAAGGGGCAUACCCACCGUCGACAAUCCAACAGGACUCCAGGAAAAGUUCAUUGCCAUCUCCAUUGAUCGCGAGGCCCGGCAGCCUUGCAUCAUCGCAUCACCCACCACAGAUCCUUCGGAAGCAUUCGCCAAGUCCAAAAAGUUCCCUUUCGCAUACGGCACGGAUGAAGCGACUUCAGAUGCAAUGCUUCAGACCGUGUCAGCACAUUUGGGCGUGUCUGGAAAUGGUCGGCAUUCGCUGGGUAGACUUAUUGCCGAGCUGGUCGACAUCUUCAUGUCCAAAGAAGCCUUUGUACUUCAGACGAAAAUCAUCAUUGACAAUGAUGGAGGUCUCCAAGUGCAAGGCGCCAAAUUCGGGUUUGACGAUGCGGCCUUCAGAAGCUCGGGGCGACAGGCAGACAUCCAUGCCCUGAGGGACAUCAAGAGCGAGGUGCGUGAAGAAGUCGAGGCUGAGAAAGAGGGCAUGAUAUACGUGAAAUUGGCGGGAGAGGGCACGCUCGCCACAAUUGUAAACGGCGCUGGCCUAGCAAUGAACACGGUUGAUGCGUUGGUGGCUCGAGGUGGCCAUCCAGCAAACUUUAUGGACACCGGCGGGAAAGCCACUUCCGACACGAUCAAGGCCGGCUUCCGAAUCGUGACGUCGGAUCCUCGAGUCAAGUGCAUAUUCGUGAACAUCUUUGGGGGCUUGACGCUGGGCGACAUGAUUGCCCGGGGAAUCCUGAUGGCGUUCAAGGAUUUGGAUCUUCAGGUCCCUGUGGUCGUUCGUAUUCGGGGAACCCGGGAGGCCGAAGGACAGAAGCUCAUACGAGAAAGUGGUCUCAAGCUGGAUGCCUACGGUAAGUGGACGCUGGGUUGCGUGGAACCAGAUACCCGAUAA